AUGGGGAUGCAUAGCGAUGGAAUAUUGGGUGGACGGAAGUAUGUCCCGCCGAAGAUGUCGGACAUCAUCCGCGGCGACUGGCAAGAAGCGAGAGGUGACAGGACUAUCCGCAUCCAGGAGGUUGAUGACUGUCUUGAGCUGGAAGAACAGCCUGCCAGUGGACCUGCGAUGGUGCUUUCGAGGAAUCACUCGACUGCAGAGGUGCUGAUUUCAUGGACAGCCUAUGCACGCGGGCGAAGCGGAGCCCGAGGUGAAGCUGUUUACGACCUUGCAUUAGAAGGUGAGAAUCGAGUCACCUUGAGGCGAGGAGACGGCGAGGCUGUGCAGUUCGUACGGCUCAAGGAGGGGCAGCGCCUUUUCUCGCCAUCACGGUCUGGAAGGCGUGCACGGGCACGGCAGUGUGUGCGGCCCUCCUCAAGCUCGGAUUCCAGACGGCACAAAGGCGAUGAGAAGGAGCAUCAAAGACUGGUGCAAAAGGUCAAGUCUCUUCAAAGCAGUGCCAAAGAACUGAACGAGAGAUGGCAAAGCUACUGUGAGCAGCAUGGUCGCGGAAUUUUCGACCCCAACAGACACGAUGUCCACACCCUGCAGGGGUACUUGGACUUCAUCUCCAAAGAUGCAGAGCGCUCGAGAUCUCGCGACGGACUCGCAGGCAGUCGCCGACACAGGGGGCGAGAUGCAGCGAGGCACCGCCGCCGAACCAGUCACAGGGCUCGAAGACGUGGUCGUCGAAGGAAACGAAGGACAGGGCGGCGAGACAAGGCCGGCGGCUCGGGACCUUCAACAGAUCGUUCCAGCGGCUUCCGGUCCUCGUCCAGCUCGUCUUCAGGUCGCCAGGUAGAUGCUCAACCGGAAAGGGGCGAGAGCGAGUUUCCAGAAGCCGCAGCAGAAAACCUUGAGAUUCGCGUUGCCCGCAUGGCGAAAGAGUCUGCUGAGGCGGACAAAGCAGAAGCUGAACGGGCUCUCGCCGAGGAACGGUUGGCGCUGGAAACAAACUUGCAGUACCGCGUGGCUGUCGAGCGUGACCGGCAAGCUCAGCAUGCUGCAGAUGUGGCAGCCGCUGCGGAGGCUGAGGCUCGAGCAGAGGAGGAAGCGCGUCUUAAGGAGGCGGUGCGUUCGGCCCGCGAGGCGCGAGAAGCUAAGGUGCUGGCCGCGCAAAAAGAUGCCGAAGAAGCAGUGGAAGAAGCUGUGCAGCAUUUCGAGAAAGUGGUCCAGGAGGAGGUGCGCUCCAAACUGGCCCCUUUCGAAAGUCGCCUUGCCGAUGCGACUGAGGCGGCAUCAAAGGCCGCCACAACUUACGCUGACCUGGUCCAGGUGCCGGCCUCGAAGAAACGCAGCAGGUCUUCGGACGUAGACCAGAACAGGGUGCCCAGGCUAGCCGCCAAAGCAGCUGCUGCAGCCUUCAGCUCAAAGCAGGCAGAAGCCAAGCGCGAUGCAUCUCAAGGAGGCAAACGGCAGAAGAAGAGAAGAUGUGUUGCAUCCGCCACUGGCUCCAGUGACGGCUAG